UUGGUUUUUCUGCUGGCCAUGAUUUGCCCCGUGCCACAAGCUGAGCGACUGCACAACACGUCAACAGUGAGGUGUGUGUCGUGCUGUGGCUCUCCUCCACUGUCAGCGAUCUCUAACGAUGACAGGCUUGCCGAAAGGUGUUGUUCUUGCAACAGUGGUGAUGGUGACUUCAUACCUGUACUUACAAUGGAUUCCUGCAACAUUUGAUGUGGAGAAUUUGGAUUUGAUUGAAUCGAAAGUUUUGAAGUUCUGGUCAGAAAACAUAAGAUGGCCUUCCAAGAACUUCACGCGACUUGCUGUCGGCAUCAAUGCAGAUGUAGAUCUGAUCGUGUCUGGUGUGGAUCUGCUGACAAAGCUUGGUCAAGUGCCAGGAAAGGAGAGGAACCAUAAUGCACUGCGCAGUGUCUCUGAUCUUCAAGAAACGUUUACCUACUUUUUCACUAGAGGUUGUGCUGCAGAACGCAUCUUUGCAGACUCACAGGCUUACAGGGACAUUGUCAAGGCAGCUAUUUCUCUAGAUAAAGUUGAAAAAUAUAUUGGUGGUAAUGCAGCCCUGAUGGCCAAGAUAACAGCCAGUCUGUUUCCUGAAGUGAAGAUUCAGUUUGUAGGGCCUGUGGGACCACGUCUUCAGCGACUGAUGCCAAAGAAUGUUGAAAUUCCCUCUUCUAGUCUCGUCUCUGACGAUGAGUACCAUCUCAUCAUGGAAUACAAGCAAGGACAGACAUGGGGUGCAUCAACAGCUCCAGUUGCUACUCGCUUCAUCUGUAGUUACGAUGCUUCCAACUCCCAAAUGACAAUGCUGGAGACUUUCUUUGCAAGUCUUCCACAGUUUCAACCAGACAUCAUUAUUCUGUCUGGUCUGCACAUGCUAGAUGGACAAAAUGAAGAUUUCUUUGCAUCACGCUUGGAUGUGUUGGUGUCGGGGCUACAGCAAGUUGAUUCAGCUGUACCUGUUCACCUAGAAUUUGCCAGCAUGGCCACCCAAGAUUUCAUUAAAGCCAUCCUAGAAAAGGUUUUACCAGAAAUUACAUCCCUUGGCCUUAACGAGCAGGAGCUAGCAUUUGCUGCUGAGGUAGCAGGUGGUCCCUAUGGUAACCAGGCAGAGCACAAGGGCCAGCCUCUGAUUCAUGAAAUGUCUGACAUUAUCUUGUGGCUUCUUGGCAAAUAUGGUAAAUCAUCCAAAAAUCCUACCUCAAGACUGACUCGUGUGCACUUCCACUCAUUGACUUACCACAUUGUUGGGGCACACAGAUCUCACUGGAGCAAUAUCAUGUCAGCAACAAUGGCUGGAACUCGCAUUGCUGGCAUGCAGGCAUGUGAUGUGCAAGAUCCUGAUCCUGAUAUUGUGGAUUUGAGAAUUCCCUUGGAGUUUCAGUUGUUUUCUGGUGAUAACAAGCGCAGAUUUGAUCCAGAAACAUCCACAUACACUUGGACAAUUGGUGAUUACAACUUUGUGUUCAGCCCAGUAUUAGUAUGUAAGCAGCCGGUUAAAACUGUGGGUCUUGGGGAUGCCAUUUCAGCCACUGGUUUAAUGUUUUCACAGUUUAUCCCUUAAUGACAGUAGAUGUUAGAGAGACAUUUGCACAAAACUAAUGAGUGCAGUAAAUGAAUAAAUGGAUGAGCAAAUGGUGCAUUUGGAUGUUAAACAUCAAAAAGAAAUUUUCUGCUUGAACUUGAGUAAACAAACUCUUUGCA